CAGCCCCCAGCGAGGCGAGGCGGGGCUCGCACUGUACAGCUCUGGCCACCUGGAGUCUGGAACAGCAGCAGCGAUGGUGGCACCCUGAAACCCCAUAGCAACUGGGCCUGGAGAAGUGGAAGGCGCUUACAUGUGGGGAAAAUUGGGGGUCCUUUCUGCUGCACAUCCUGGAGGAAAGCCUUUUCUUCCCCACCCCCAAGCUGCACACCUGGCUAGACGGCUAGGAAUUUCAGCAGGAAGAAACUUGGCAUCCUUGUGGCUUCAUGAAUGUCUGAUCCAGGCAGCUGCACGCUGCAGAUUCACAGGGCUGCUGCAGAGAACUUUGCUGCCACGGCUGAUUUUGGAGGCACCUUGCUGGAGCAGACACUGGGCCGAAGUCGACCUGAUAAGAUGUCCCCCUGCCCACCCCAGCAGGGAUGGACUCGGAGUACCUUCCUCCCUUUGUACAACCCCCUGGCAGGGGGGGAAUCGUGCUCACAGGGGGAAAUGGAGCUAACCUGGCAAGAGAUUCUCUCAAUCUCAGAAUUGCAGGGUCUUGAUAUGCCAGCCGAGAGUUGCUAUGAUCCAGCUUUAUGUGGCCAUUCCCAACAGAUGGCACCAUCCUCUAACUAUGGGCCAUGUGCAGGAUUGGGCGAGGGUUCUGCUUCCAAUUACAAUCACCCUACUGCUGCAGCCUAUGACCAUUCCUACCCAGAGAACCUGCCUACUUCUUGUACACUUUACAGUUACACCGGCAUGCUGAUCUCUUCCUCCCUGGAGUCUCCAGGACCUGCUAUGCUGGGUGGAUAUAAAGGGAUGCCAGGGAUGAUGUUGGGGAGGGAGCUAACGAAUGGCUAUGGACCACAGGGACCUUGCAAGCUCCAAGAAGAUCUGGAAUCAGACUCUGGGUUAUCCCUUAAUUACAGUGAUGCAGAGUCCCUGGAAGCUGAGGGACUGGAGCGAGCAGAAUAUCCAUCUUUGUAUCCCUUGGACCACGUUCCAGCAUACCCUCCAUUGGCUCCUGUCCCAGAGAUGCCCUUCCCUGAGCAUCACCCGGAGCAUUCUUUGGAAAAAGGGCAGAGCCCACGGGGAGAAUUAGUUGGCAACAGAGAUGAACGUCGGGCUCUAGCCAUGAAAAUCCCCUUCCCUGUGGAAAAGAUCAUCAACCUGCCAGUGGAUGACUUCAAUGAGCUGCUGUCACGUUUCCCGCUGAGUGAGCCUCAGAUGGCACUAAUCCGGGACAUCCGCCGCCGUGGCAAGAAUAAAGUGGCAGCUCAAAAUUGUCGCAAGCGCAAACUGGAGACAUUGGUACAUCUGGAGCAGGAGCUGGAUGAAUUAAGCCGGGAGCGACAACGCUUGCUACAGGAUCGCGGAGAGUUUAACAGGAGUCUGACACUGACCAAGCAGAAGCUGGGAGCCCUCUAUCACCAAGUCUUUUGCAUGUUGCGGGAUGAAGCUGGCAACGCCUAUUCCCCUGACGAGUACAUGCUGCAGCUCACUAUCGAUGGCGGUGUCUUCCUUGUUCCACGCAACAAGCAGCCAGAAAGUGCCAACAGCUGAACUGAACAAGUUGUGGUAGAAACUGGGGGGCAUGGAAUGCAGCCAGUUGACCCCCACAAAAGCGUCUCUCUAGGGGCUCGAGACCAUUCAAAUGUUGAAGAAUUCAGAUUCCAUAUCGUACAGCUGAACUGAACACCAUUCAAAUCAACCAGAAUUAAUUUUCACUUCAUUAGGAGAAAAAUAGGGUUUGAUUAAAACGGUACCUAGAAUUUGUUCCUUAUCCAAGCAUCCAUCUUUCUAAAACGUAACAGUCCCAUCAGACUUCGCCGAUGUGGCCAAUUGCGAUGGAUGAAUUAUAAUCCCAACAGUAUUUGUAAGGACUAUUUGUACUCCUCAACCCUUUGCUUACUUCGGCAUUUUGAGCCAAAUUACCUUGCAUAUAAUAUAUAAGGCACUUGCUCACCUUACGGCUUUAAAAUGUUCCCAAAUUGGGCUACAAUUUCCACUGUCCAGAGCAAAUAUGAAGAAGCCUAUUGUAAAUUAGUUGUACAUCCCUUUCUACACAUUUCCAGAAUGUUGAAUAAAAAAAUAAAAAAAAUGAAUUCUACUACAUCCUAGUUAAGACUAUAUUGCUGGGAGGUGUAAAAAAUAAAUGUUGCUUGCAUUCAAAAUUAUAAGCUCAAAAUGGCUUUCCCAUUUUCUUUUGAUUUUGUCAUGUUUUCGAAUGUAUGCUAUUCCUUUUCAAAGCACUUGUGAGGGUCAUUACCACUAUAUGCCAGCUAUAAAAGAAUUGGUGACAAAGGGUUUAAAAGAUUUGUUUUUAAAGGCUACAGAAAAGGUAGAACGCACCUGUGUUGUUUUGGGACCUCACUGUAUAAUCUCAGCAGUUAGCAUGGUCUUUGAAAAGCCAAAACAUUCUCUAAGAUUAGCAAAUUGCCUUAAAUCAGAUGUCUAGUAGCAUCUUUUCAAACUAAAUUUUAUUUUAAAAGGCACCUUUCAUGAGUUGCAACUCACAACAGUAUAUGCCUUUUUAAAUGUUAGCCCUGAAAAAGUGCUAUCAUACUUCGAGUUUUGGCUAUCGUAGACCUAUAUGAUUUUCUUCCUCAAAGUUGCUUCAGUACAUGAUUUUGGAAUUUAUUAAUGAGCAAGUGGAAGUUGUCCUAAGGUUCAUCCCACAAAAUCCAAUUUUCAAUUCAUAUCCUGAUUUCUUUGCAUUAUAAACAUGGAUGCCAAAACAAGACGUUUCAGAAUGAUGUGCACAUAAUCUAUACGUUAUGGAGUCCUCUACCGUAGAAGCAAGGUUGAUAAAUGAGUUGUGUGAUUUUCACUUUUGCCAGUUGUUAAGCAAAUCACUGCAAUUAAGUGAAUCGUGCAGUCUUUAAAAGUGAAUCCAGGCUCUCCCAUUGACUUUGCUCCUUGAAAGCCAGCAAAAGUAGCAAAUGGUGAUCGCAUGACCUCAAGACACUGCACCCAUAAAUACAUGGCACUGCUGAGUGCCUGAACUUUGGUCACUUGGCUGUGAGAAUGCUGCAGUAGUUGCAAAUGCAAAGACCAGACAUGACACUUUUUUCAUUGCUAUUGUUAACUGGUUACUAAACAAAUGGUAGGUCAAAAACUAUCUGUAGUGGUUUAAAUGUGACUCAGGCAGAUCCUAGUUAUCUAGGAGUAUGCAUUUACGAAGUGUUUUAUGUCUGUUAAUGAAAUGGACCAAAAAAUACCUCAAAGAUACAUUCCUAGGUGUCCUUUUCCCUCUCUGAGCCAAACCUGCCCUUUGAUUUACAAAAAGUUUAGUCUGCUAUGGAAAAGAUGGGGUGGCAGUUCCAAGCGGAGGGAAGAACUACCUUGGCAAAUACGAAAAAAGAGAAAAAUGAGUUGAGAAAAGUUGUUAUUGUAAAGACAAAGAAAGAUACCUUCCUUUUAGCUGCAGAGGGAACGUAAAUUAUGUUCUGUAACAUAAAAUUACUCGAGUAAAUACCAUUACAAAAGGUAACUGUACAUAAAAUGCUCAAAUUAAUUCAAGAGUGUUAAAUGGCCUCUAAUACUCCAUAAUUGAAAGUCAUGUGAUGGAAAGAUCUGUAUUUUUUGUGUGUGUGAUGGUGAUCCAGGAACACAGCAUGAAAAAAAGUGAUUUUAAAAUGUCAGAAAAUUUGCUGCUCUCGUGUCAGAAGCAAAAGCAAUGAAGAAAUAAGCCUGCCUUGCUACAUCCUCUGCUGCAGGUCUGCAAAUGGGCUUUAGUCUCUUGGUUUUUUUAGAUUUUAAUGGAUUUAAGAUUUCAAGUAACUGAGGAAGAUGAAGCUAUAAUAUUGCUUUUAUCAAUCCUCAUCUCUCCUGUUAAAUGGGAUAUCCUCAAGGUUUUGAAACCUAUUUACCUCCCCUUUGAUGGGAUGGACUCCUAGUUUAAGAGAAACAGUUUUAAGAUUGCCAUCAUACAAGCUCUCCUCUGUAGGUAAAUCCAUGUAAUUAUAUACCAAAUAUUGGAACUUCUGCAAAAGAUUGUUUCAAACUCCAGAUGCACAUAGAUGUUGCUUUGGCUAGCCAUUUGGACCAGUUUCCCCCAGAAAACCUAGGUGGCUGGCCAAGUCAUCACUCCCCCCUAGCCACCCCUACUCAGGUUUUGUGUGUUUAUUUUCUGUGAGGUCUAUCUCUUCUGUGUCCAUUUCUUUCUCUCACUCUCUUCCUGUCUCUUCCCCCUUUCUAGGUCUCUAUUGUUCUAUUCCCCCCCCCCCCCAGGGGAGGGUAUGAACCCCUGAACUGGUGCUGGGUGGUGGGAAUCUGACGUGAAUGUAGAGCAGCCCCCUUCCCAGCCAUUCUACAUUCAUAUGCAAGAGCAGGUUGCUGCAAGAAUACGUGUUUGGGUAUAAAAGAAAGCUCUUCCCCAUUGAAUCUGUGUGUGUUUUUUUGCACAAGAACAGACAGAAUAAUGUAACUUGCCCAUACCGGUGCAAAACCACUUAUUUGGGACAAAUAAGGCACAUGAACAAUUCUUGUGUGGCUGGCAAGGUCCGCCAGGCAGUUAGACAGAUUAUUACAUCCAUCCAGUAAUCGGUCUCCAGGAUGAGCCAAUGAGCAAAUGGAGUGAUUGGACCCACAGCAUCUCCAAAGCAGAUCAGGUUCAGGGCAACCAAGGAGCAUGCUGGCAACUGCGGAGCCUCCCCAUUCCAUCUAAGUUGCAACCCCUGCCCUUGAUGGCCACAGGCCUGUUGCCUCCACCACCAGAGGCUGGGAGAAACGUGCACAUCUUGAACCCGUGUACAUUGGCGCUGCCACUUCUGAGCCCACCGAGGAUGGCAGACUAGCAACAUCGAUGAUCAGCUGGGAGGUGGGACAUCAAAGCAACUGACAUCAGGGAGGCAAGAGCGAAUCGCCGGAAGAAGCGCCCAUGAGACCCAGCAAGUAGAGGGGUGCUUCGCUUCCACUCUGGAAUAUGGAGCAAGUAUCCAUCUCCCGCUUAAAUAAUUUUUAGAUGUGGAGAAAACCAGUGUUUACAACAGGUAUGCCCAGUUAGCCAUCUAGCAUCCCUGUGUGUUUUGCUAAGGGUAAGGUUCUUUCCCCAAAAAAUGUGUGGUUUGGGGAAAAGGGAAGUUAAAAUGGGUACAAGGAUUAAGGCACUCAUUCCAAUUCCUCAACUCCAUUUUCCAGAUAACAUAGCCCCUUGCGCCUAUUUUUGGACUAUGCCUCUUGGCAUGCCAUGCAAAGCCUG